GUGUGGUUACGAUGCACCUUUCAAUAGCGUGGAGGUGACUAGACAGCGAUACUCGGUAUUACUGCUUUUCUUUCGUAUUUCAUCAUCUUUCUUCCUCUCCCUCGCUCUUAUAAACUCCCCCGUUCAUGUCCACUUGUUUUCACUUCCCUCCGUAUCAGCCCCAUUAGUGCUCUCCCUCCCUUCCUCUGGUCCACCUUCUCUUUUAUUUUUUGGAUUUUCUUGUUUUCCCCCAUUUGCUGUCAAAUUUUCAAUCUGUUUCAAGCCCAGCAUUAUCCCAAUUCGUCUUCUCUUCACAUUUCCCUGCCUUUUUAUCCCCUCCCUCCACCAUUUUGCACGCAUUCUCUCGAAUCAUCUUUGUUCUGGGUUUUUGGUUCUCUAUAAUUCCCUCAAAAAGAAACUGAAGAAGAUUCUAAACGGAAAUGAAGAAGGUUGUGUUGAAGCUCGAUUUGCACGACGACAAAGCCAAGCAGAAGGCUUUAAAGGCAGUCUCAACUCUUUCAGGAAUUGAUUCCAUUGCCAUGGAUAUGAAAACAAGGCAAUUAACGGUGAUCGGCACAGUCGACCCCGUGAACGUUGUAAGCAAGCUGCGCAAGUACUGGCCAACCGACAUAGUAUCGGUGGGUCCGGCAAAGGAACCGGAGAAGAAAGAGGAGCCAAAGAAGGAAGAAGGUGAAAAGAAAGAGGAGCCAAAGAAGGACGAAGGUGAAAAGAAAGAGGAGCAGCAGAAAGGAGGAGGAGAAAAGAAAGAAGGGGGAGAAAAGAAGGAAGAAGAAGGGAAGAAAGAAGAGAAGAAGCCACAGCCACCACCACCAGACCCUGUUUUGGAGAUGGUCAAGGCUUACAGAGCAUACAAUCCUCAUAUGACCACAUAUUACUACGUUCAAAGCAUGGAAGAGAACCCAAAUGCUUGUGUUAUUUGUUGAAAAUGAUCUGCUUUCUCUCCGAUUGAUGAAAUUCAAUGUCAUCAAUGAGAAUAUACAUACAACUCCUUUGUAUAUAGAUAGUGAUAUGGCUCUUUCGAUCCUUUUUUUUUCACCGUGCACUAGUAAUGUGUUUUGAAUAAAUGAACUUUUGGAACUUGUUUUGAAACAAAGAAGACAAAAGCAAUAGCUUCACAUGCGCAAUGGCGGCCCACUGUGAAAUUCUUAUUACAAUCUGUUGUAACAUGUCAAUGUUCAUUUAUUGUUUUGUGGGUCUUUUACUAGUGGAUCUAUCAAUCAAUUCUCCUAC